CCUCCCACAUCAACCACAGCAAAACUAUAGCAAUACCAAGUUAUCGAUCCCAAUGGUCAGCCUUCCUAAAGCUACUCUUCCUCUCUCCUCCCUCUCCCCUCCCUCCAACUCCAACUCCAACUCCAACUCCAACUCCUUUGCAUGCGCCUUCCAUUUUUCUUACCCUGAUAGAAGACGCCAUGCCCACUCCAAGAUCUCAUGCAAAGCUAGCGAUGAGCAUGAGAUGACUGCAAAUGCCAAGCUCGACCGCCGCGAUGUGCUCGUUGGCCUCGGCGGGCUUUGUGGAGCCGCUGCCGGCCUCGGGAUCGACGGUAAGGCCCUCGGAAAUCCCAUCCAGGCGCCUGAUCUUACCAAGUGCGGCCCCGCCGAUCUACCCAAAGGUGCAACGCCCACCAACUGCUGCCCGCCUUAUUUUCCCGACAAGAAGAUUAUCGAUUUCAAGCGUCCGCCGAAUUCGUCACCCCUCCGUGUCCGCCCGGCCGCCCACUUGGUCGACUCCGACUACCUGGACAAGUAUAAGAAGGCGGUGGAGCUCAUGAGAGCACUGCCGGCCGACGAUCCGCGCAACUUCAUGCAGCAGGCCAAUGUCCACUGCGCUUACUGUGAUGGCGCCUACGACCAGAUCGGCUUCCCCAACCUCGAGCUCCAAGUCCACAACUCCUGGCUCUUCUUCCCUUGGCACCGCUUCUACCUCUACUUCCACGAGAGGAUCCUCGGCAAGCUCAUAGGCGACGACACUUUCGCCCUUCCUUUCUGGAACUGGGACGCGCCCGGCGGCAUGAAGCUGCCGUCGAUCUACGCCGAUCCUUCGUCCUCGCUCUAUGACAAGUUUCGCGACGCCAAGCACCAGCCGCCGGUCCUCGUCGACCUCGACUACAACGGAACCGACCCUAGUUUCACCGACGCAGAGCAGAUCGAUCAGAACCUCAAGAUCAUGUACCGGCAGGUGAUCUCCAACGGCAAGACGCCGUUGCUGUUCUUAGGCUCGGCUUACCGUGCCGGCGACAACCCAAACCCCGGCGCGGGCUCGCUCGAGAACAUACCACACGGCCCCGUCCACGGGUGGACUGGCGACAGAAACCAACCCAAUCUCGAGGACAUGGGCAACUUCUACUCCGCGGGGCGCGACCCUAUCUUCUUCGCCCACCAUUCAAACGUCGACCGCAUGUGGUACUUGUGGAAGAAGCUCGGCGGGAAGCAUCAGGACUUUAACGAUAAGGACUGGCUCAACACCACCUUCCUCUUCUACGACGAGAAUGCUGACUUAGUUCGAGUCACCCUCAAGGACUGCUUGCAGCCGGAGUGGCUUCGUUACGAUUACCAAGACGUCGAGAUCCCGUGGCUGAAGACCCGGCCGACUCCCAAAGCCUUGAAGGCGCAGAAAACCGCAGCGAAAACACUGAAAGCUACAGCAGAGACGCCGUUCCCGGUGACGCUGCAAUCCGCGGUGAGCACGACGGUGAGGAGGCCCAAGGUAUCGAGGAGCGGCAAGGAGAAGGAAGAGGAAGAGGAGGUCCUCAUCGUGGAGGGGAUCGAGUUCGACCGCGACUACUUCAUAAAGUUCGACGUCUUCGUGAACGCCACCGAGGGUGAGGGCAUCACGCCGGGCGCCAGCGAGUUCGCGGGCAGCUUCGUCAACGUCCCGCACAAGCACAAGCACAGCAAGAAGGAGAAGAAGCUGAAGACGAGGCUCUGCCUGGGGAUCACUGACCUGCUCGAGGACAUCGGGGCGGAGGACGACGACAGCGUGCUCGUCACCAUCGUCCCGAAAGCCGGAAAGGGCAAGGUGUCGGUCGCCGGCCUCCGCAUCGAUUUCCCAAAUUGAAGUAAUACUAUAUAUUUCUACUACCUAUCAAGGAAAAUAAAAGCCGCACCAUCGAAACAGUGUAAAGCUCAACUUUAAUCGUCGAGUUACAUCUGCGGACGUCGUAAUGUUGCGUUAUGGACCGGAAAUGAGAGAGAGGACACGGCUGAUUACGACCA